AUGCGUGCUGGAUCGGACCCGCCCACCUUCCACCUCGACAAACCGCGCAAGCUGCCUCGCCCGUCGGGCAGCAUCGCCAACCCGCACGCCUCGCGCCACCAUCUACACGGCUUCGUCGCCUCGUCACGCCCUACACCCCUUCCAUAUCCGUUCCUCAGCAAUCUCUCGGCCUUCCUCUACGGCCUCGCCCCGUCGCUCGUCGCCCUCGCUCCCCUCCUCGUCUCGGCCAGCGUCAGGUCGGUCGUCGACCUCGUCGCCCUCGUCCAGCUUGAGCCGGGCACGUUCGACCUCUUUGCCGCCGAGGCUGCCCGUCAGACGCCCGUGCGCGUGAACGGCUCGUCGCCGAUCGAGCUCCUCGACGUGCUCAAGCAGGGACUCGACGAGGGCAAGUGGCGUGCGAGAUGGACGUUCUGAGGGGCAGCAAGCGGUUCUCUCGAUGCAGCGUUUGUCUGAAGGGUUGAUUGGUGCAAGGCGUGGACCCUGUAUAGGUCCGGCGCUUGCA